AUGGAAGCACCACUCUCAUCACCGUCUUUAAACAAAGCUUCGCAGACGCAGUCUUCAUACUUCAUGUCCAGUUCCUCAAACAAUUCGUCCACUGCCUCCUCCGCUCAAGGGAGUGCCUCAAGUUCGGUGACGCAACAGUCUCAAUCGCAACAAUCAUACCAAGCACAGUACCACCACAACCAGAGUACGCAAAACUCCCAGCAAUCUCGGGUACCACAACAGAACCAAAUGCAAUCUGCGGAUGGCACAUCGCCAUUUCUCCGGGACUUUAAUCUUGUUGCCGAGGCUGCGAAACGAGCACAAAUGGCAGUUUUGAUGAGAGAUAUGGAGGCUGUUGGGUUAUAG